AUGAAUCCUUUAGGCGCGUUAGGGGUUGAUGAAACCUCUGAUGCUGUCUCGGCAGCUGUAGUUCGACUGGCAGAUAAGGCACGUCAGGCUGUUUCGCUCUCUAGUCCAACUAAGCGAUCCAAUACAUCUGUGCCAGAACCUUGCAGGAUUAGUCGAAAUGAGACAUCUCGUCGGAAGGAAGAGACUGGAUAUGCUAAGGAGGCGGAGGGGAGGGAGGAAGAGGAGGAUGAGGAUGCAGUAGAAGUUGGGGAAUCGGAUGAAGAAUCCUCUGCAGAAAGCUCGGACUCCACGAAAGAUUGGCUAUUUACUGAACUUCCUGGGCAGCUUAAACUUUCAGCUCAGGUACUGUUUUGA